GCUUGCCGGGGGACAGAGCUCAUUCUUGCUGCAGCAGGAGGGGGCCGGGGGUGACGUUUUCAGCUGCUCCCUGGGUAACCUGCCCCCUGGGGAGGAGGCGGCGCUGACCCUGUGCUACGUCUGCAAGCUGCCGCUGGAGCCGCCCGCUACAUGCUGCCUGCCGUGCUGCGCCCCCGCUACACGCCCCAUGGGUGGGACGGGGAGGACGUCACCCAGGGGGUCCCGCGAGUCCCCCAGGGGGAGCUGCCCUACACCCUGAGCCUGAGCGUCACUCUGCAGUCACCCCACGGCAUCGACCGCGUGCUCUCCAACUGCUCCCUCACCCCCCUGAGCUACACGGCUGGGAACCGGACCACCGCCCAGGUGUCACUGGCUGAGGCCCCCCCGUGGGACCGAGACAUGGAGCUGCUGGUGUAUUACACGGAGCCACACAAACCCAGCGCGGUGCUGGAGGUCGGGUUGCCCAGAGCAGAGCCAGGCUCCCUGAUGGGUGACCCGGCCGUGAUGGUGACCCUGCUGCCCAGCGUGCCCGAGGCUAUCUCGGCCGGGGAGUUCAUCUUCCUACUGGACCGCUCCGGCAGCAGGUGCCCCAUGGACGGCCAAGACCGCUCCCCCCAGCGUAUCGACAGCGCCAAGAAGACCCUGGUCCUGCUGUUGAAGAGUUUGCCCCUGGGCUGUUAUUUCAACAUCUACAGCUUUGGGUCUCGGUUCGAGUCCUUCUACCGGCAGAGCGUGGGAUACACCCAACAGACCAUGGCCAAGUCCCUGCAGCGUGUCCAGCAGCUCCAGGCCGACCUGGGGGGCACCGAGAUCUUGGCACCGCUACGAUCCAUUUACCGCAGCCCCUGCCGAGACGGGCACCCACGCCAGCUGUUUGUGUUCACGGACGGGGAAGUGGGGAACACCCAGGACGUCAUCGCUGAGGUGCAGCGUCACUGGCGGGCCCACAGGUGCUUCUCCUUCGGAAUCGGGGAAAGGGCCUCCAUGGCUCUGGUCAAAGGCAUCGCCCGGGCAGCAGGGGGCAGCGCCGAGAUCAUCACAGGCCAGGACCGCAUGCAGCCCAAGGCGCUGCAGUCUCUGAACCGGGCCCUGCAGCCGGCCGUGACUGGGAUCUCGCUGAGCUGGGAUCUGCCCCCUGGGAUGGAGGCGGCGCUGCUGGGCCGGGGCCCUGAGGUGAUCUUCCCUGGGCAGCGGUGCCUCAUCUACGCCCAGCUCCGCAGGCAGCCCCAGCCCCCAGACACUGCCAUGGGGGCCGUCACCCUGCAGUACCGCGUCCAGGACCAGACCUACAAGGAGAUGCUGCAGUUCCCCCUGCAGCCACAGGAUGCAGACAGCUCCCGUGGGGCUGAGCUGCCCCUUCCCUGCCCCCCCAGGGCGACCCCAGUGCCCCCGUCCCCAGGGCAGGGGAAGAGAGGCGGGCGCUGGCCGGGUGGGAUGGGGAGCAGCCCUCCGUGCCUGGCCCAUCCCAGCCGGGAGAGUGGGGCCUGUGGGACGGACGGACAGAUGGACCCAGAAUCGGAGACCCAAACAGACGGGGGCAGAGAUCGAGAAUCAGACAGUCAAACACAGACAGAGAAGCCAACCCACACAGGGUUCGGGGCCGCACCGCACAUGGCCAUAUGCUGUUCUGCCUCUGUGCCCAUGGACGAGCUCCUAGAGACCGCCUGUGUGUCCAUGGGCUUCGCCGCGGACUGCGACUUUGAGGACUUCUCGGCUGUGUCAGAGCAGGCACUGGAGGAGUCUCCCCUACUGAGGCUGGUGUCUCUGCAGAAUGCCGACGGCUCGUGGGACCUGGACCCCCAGCUGGCCGCUGCGCUGGGGGACGUGGCCCCAGGCGUCUGGGCCACAGUGCUGGCCAUGGUCUGGCUGCACGGCCGGGCCGCGGGGCAGCGUGAUGAGUGGGAGCUGCUGGAGGCCAAGGCUGUGGGCUGGGGCCUCGGCUGAGCGAAUGCCUGGAAGCUGCCAACACCCUGCUGGGCUGCAGCGUUGGCCCUGCUGUCAUCAAGCUCUGAACCCCCCCAGAUCCCUGUACCCCCCCCCUCGCAAGCUACCCUGGGCCUCCAACCCAGCUGAGGCCCCCUGAUACC